AAAAAGAAUAAAAAACGAAAACAAAGUAAAAACAACAAUUAAUUGCAAUAAAACGGGAUAAUAACAGCCUAGUAAAAGAACAAACAUUACCCGUUCCCCUUUACACAUCACACACACACACACACACACACCGCCUCCCGCCCCCCAUUUCCAACGAGAGCCUGAAAGUGUCACCGCCAAGACGUACGUCCGAAAAAUGUUCUGGGACAAGGGUUAUGCGCCCUCAGCGAAUAUAGAGGCGCUACUAGAAAAGGAGAAUUCACGGCUGGAGGAAUUUCUAGAUGAGGAGGAUAUACUGCAAGAAUGUAAAACUCAAAAGAAAAAUUUGGUCAACUAUUUUACACGUCCCGAGGUCAUAAGACGUCUGGUCGAGUUAAUUACAACCGAACCAUCAGAGGAUUUGCCCAUGGUGCAGCGUUUUCGCUAUGCCAAUAUGUCAUGUGAGAUACUCACACUAGGCCUGCCGUCCUUAGAUGAGAAGCUAUUAACCGAUGCGGACACAUUGAAUUUGCUUUAUUCAUAUCUUGAAAAGGAACCACCGUUAAAUCCAUUGCUAUCAUCAUUUUUUAGCAAAACAUUUAGCAUGCUCUUUAUGAAGAAACCAGAACAGGAUUGGUUUCUGUAUCAACAUAUGUGCCUACAACUCCUCGAGUAUAUUAAAUCGCAGAAAACAUUUUUGGAUUACAUUUGUAAACACUUUGACACGCCAGUUAUACCCGAUCUGAUAAUGCAAAUGAUGAAGGACAUCGAAGGUGGUCAACUCAAACGCAACCUAUAUGAAUGGCUAACCGAAGAUAAAAUUGUUGAUAGACUGAUUGCAAUAUUGCGUAAUCCUUUAGAAUUCGAUAAACAUGCAAAUGUUGCCGACUUUUUCUGUGAUCUUAUUAACCAAGGGCGUUUAAUGCGUCAAACCGAACAGGAGAAUGAUUCAUUUGAGCCAGCAUUCGAUGGCUCGAAUCCCAUAUUAAAAUGCAUUGAAUCAGCUGAGACAAUUGAAGCCUUGUUAAAUGUGAUUUUGGAACCAAAUGCUCUAGAGAGCACGAUCUUAUCAGGAAUAUCGGUUGUACUUACGCUUAUCAAGCCAAUUACAUUCACUGAUGAGCCGAAUUCAGAUAGGCAACGUUUGCUGCAAAAGCGUGAACGUGAAUUCCAUCAGGAAGUGCAGGAGACUGUGAUUAAUGUGAUGGCGCCACGCCUUAAGGAAUUUGUUCAUGUGCUCAAGAACCCGCCCGAAAAACCCACACUGGAGACUACAGCGGCUAUAUUAACGCCGCCUUUUGGCAAGACGCGACUUCAAGUCUGUCGUGUAUUUACAGCACUUUUGGAAACUAAACACGAGACUAUACAACAGGCUAUAUGCUCGACAGAAUAUUUUAGUCUUUUAUUGGACUACUUUAAGCAAUAUUGUUGGAAUAAUUUCUUGCAUAGCGAAUUGGAGAAAGCAUUACAUUUGGUUUUCUAUAAUGAGCUAUCAAACAAUAAUACGGCCACCACAGAGGGCACAGAUUAUUUUACAGCCGAUUUUCUAAUUAAUGCAUUUCUCAAGACCGACGAAGACGAUGAGGUCGAAUUGAAGAAUGCACUGAACGAUGUUAAACGUGCUGAGGGUGGUAAAGAUGAUCUAAAACCAAAUGCCAAUCAGGAUAAUGCAUCAGAUACUGAUGCCAAUCUUGAUAAUGAAAAUGAAAAGUCCAAGAUUAUUGAAAAUGAGGCUGCGGCAGCUAAUAACGAGACGGAAAAGGAGGCAGCCUCUCUCAAUGAUAAUGAUCAAGAGAAAAUCUCGGAGAAUCAUAUUGAGAAUGAGAAUAAUGAGAAAAAUGAGGCGACAGAAGAAGAGUCGACGCUCAAUGAUCUGGAUAAGACUAAAGAGCAAGCAAGUGCUCCACCCACAGAGAUGCAAACACAUCUUAUUGUCAACUGUAAUUUGGUGGCGAAAUUGUUAGACUAUUGGCAACACAAUCAACAGGCACAAUCGGCUGAAAAGGGACGACGUUUGGGUUAUAUGGGUCAUUUAAUUAAAAUUCUACGUCAUGUUACAUCUUGUAUAUCAGAAUCUGAACAUAUCGGCUCACUGAUUGCAUCCCAAAUGACGGAUGAAUCGGAUUUGAAGCUUUGGCAAUCUCUAAUCGAUGCAGAAACUGGUGAAUUCUCUUUGGCUGUCAAGCAACAAACAAAAUUGCUGGCCAAUUGUAAUCCCCAUGAGGAGAAUGAGUAUUCGGCUGGUGGAGCCAAAGAUUUCCUUAGCGAAACAAAUGCCUGGGAUAUUGGUGCCUUAUCCUAUAGCAAUAUGGGUUAUAGUGAUUUGGAUAAUACACUACAGGAUAUUGUGUUCACCAUGGAUAAUGAUCAGAAUUUGUUUCAAUUCGGUCGCAACAUUGACGAUGAUGACGACGACGAUGAUGAUCAACAGCAGCAUGGCGGCGGAGAUGGUCUUGGUCCCGGUCACGGCAUGUUCACCAAAAACUCCAUCACAUUAAAUAAUCUGGCUGCCGAUCCCUGGGAUAUGGAAGUACAAUUUGCUGAUAUGGCUGGCGUUUCGACAGCCCAAUCAAAUACUGGAACUGCCAAUUGGGGUACCGAUUUCAAUAGUGGUGAUAAUUUUGCCGAUUUUGAUGCUCACUUUAGCACAUUUGGCAGCGAUUUGGGUAUGCCAACCACAUCACCGCCUCCGCCUGCAGUUGAGGAGACUGAGGACAAUGAUGCAUCAUCAACACCGCAUCAAGCCGCAUUAGGCACAGAUGUGACCCAAACCGAGCAAGAUGCCCAUCAUGAUGAGCAGCACAAAUCAACUUCAUCAACUGAGUUAAAUGAUUUGGAUAAACAAUUUACCCAAGAUAUCGAUGAUGAUGAUCAUCAUCAUCAUCAGAAAGCCGAAUAUGAUAAUAAUGCCAAUGUGGAGAAAGCCUCCAGUCAAAAGAUUUUGAACUCGGAUACCACAAAUUCGAUUGUUACACGCUUGCAAUCGGUUCUUCUAUACGGCGGUGAAGAUGACUACGAAGAUGAUGAGGGCAUGUGGACUAAACCUCUUGGCGGUAGUGCCGAUCAUCAAUUAGAUGACAGUCAGACAAUAUCGCCACAGCAGCAAACCGUUCCCAUUUCAAAUGGACCAAACAGCAAACUAAAUGAAUUCAAUCAUACAAACGAUAAUAGCGGCAGCAGCAACAACACGGUGGAUGCCCAUCAGGCAGCAGAAGCCGCUAACAUCACAUCAACGGAGCAACAGCAGAAGCUGAAUGCAGUUACAACCAAUACGAACAAUGUGGAAAUUGCAGCAGCUGCACCAUCACCACCAGCACCAACACCAGCAGCAGCAACGACAACCACAUAGACAAACACACA